AUUCACAGUGGCUAAACGGAGUGAUAGCAGAAAAUUUUGUUCUCUGUUGCAAGAUGAAUGCCAGAAUUUGGAUUACCUUGUCUCGAAGAAGAUAAACAGAGAUAUGUAGUUCAUCUGUUUACGUCUAUGUUGAGUUUCAGGGGGAUGGACAUAUUUUUUGUAAGCUGUGAUUCGUGAAAAACUGCCAAACUGGGGUGUGGAAAGUCCAAGGUUGACUCGCCAGUCCAUAGCAGUAGUAGUAGUGGUAGUAAUAAAGGCAGCAGCAAUAUGGCGGGUCCAAACCUUACAGUGCCGCAGUUUCCUGCGGCAAAUUCUCAACAACGAAUAUCACCGUCCCCGAGUGCAGGUCGCAACAAGGUGGCGCUGAAACCUGGCAGGUCACUCAUGGACUGGAUCCGAUUGGGUCGAAGCGGCCAGGACUUGACCGGAGUUGGUGGAAAGGUCUUGGAGGUGUCUGUGGAUGAACUGGCCAAGCACAGCAGGCCUGAGGACUCUUGGAUCGCACUCAGAGGAAAGGUGUAUAACAUCACACCCUAUCUGGAGUUUCAUCCUGCCGGCAUUGAUGAACUCAUGAGAGGAGCAGGGAAGGACGGGACACAACUCUUUGAUGAGGUGCAUAAAUGGGUGAAUGCAGAAUCCAUGUUGGAGAAGUGUUUUGUGGGACGCCUCAAAGUAGUGCCACCCACGUCAAGGCGAGGAAGUGCGACAUCCCGUGGCAGCACCAGGUCCAACACACUCAGCCCUAAUGGAUCCAUUACCCCAUUAAACCUCAAGCCACCUUCAGGACCUCAGCCCCCGAGACAGGACUGGUUCCAGAAUGCCAAGUCGGUAACCAUUGUUGUUUAUACAAAAUGGCAGGCCAUGAAACAUGAAUUUGUCACCAUCGACUUGAAUGAUAGGAAACUUAGCAUCAACAUAUUCCUGGAAACUCACACAUAUCGGAUGCAUGUAGAACUUGAAAAAGCCAUCAUACCAGACUAUAAUGUUAAGGUACACAAGGACAAUGGGAAGGUAGAGAUCAUUAUGCCAAAGUCGGUGACUGAUGAGCAGUGGCAGACAUUGGGGACCAAUCAAAGUGACCAUGGAACCCUUGUGAAGACAACAGAAAGAGAAGUGUCCUAUCGCCAUUGCACGAUCCAGUCUAUACAAGAAGUUAGCUAUGACACAAAGCUGUUGUGUGUGCAGCUGCCUGAAGGUACACGGAUGUGUGUGCCCCUCGGAUACCAUGUACAUAUCAAACAUAAUAUCUCAGGGAUGGAACUAGCCCGGAGUUACACUGUAGUUUUACCUUCUUUGAGAUCCAGUGAGCAAGACAUCCUUGUAGAACAAGGCCGUGUGUUUUACCUGAUGAUAAAGAUCUAUCCCGAUGGUGCACUUACACCCUGGAUUGGUGGUCUGUCUGUUGGGUCAACUCUAGAGGUGAGUGAUAUAGAUGGGAAUUUCCAGUCCACCCAGCUCGAGAAGAGCACUCAGCUAAUCCUGAUGGCAGCAGGCACGGGAUUCACACCCAUGGUGAGGCUGUUGUAUCAGACUCUGGUGGAGGAGCAGGACUCAAAGAGACAUGUUAAAUUGAUGUUUUUCAACAAGACGAAAAAGGACAUUUUAUGGAAGGAUCAGGUGGAUGAACUACAAUCCAAGAAUGACAGGUAG